UACUCAAACAGCAGAGCGACUGCUGCUCGGGAGGACCUCCCUUCUGUUGGGUCUGCAUCUCCCGGGUCACCCCACCACCCCAAUCUCCCGAGACGGGUGAGUCUUGACUCUUCCUCACCCACCUGAAACCCAAGAUACGUAUUUAACAUCUGGGAUUUUUGUUUAUGCCACAUAAAAAAAAAGAAGAUCACCAAAAGAGUAAACAAUGGCUGCGCUUCAUCAGAGGUCUGUCUUGGCCAUGAUUAAGGAGUUCAGGAGGAACUGGCACACUCUUUGUGACUCGGAGAGAAUCACCGUGUGCGGCGCAGACGCCAUGCUCUUGGCACUGCAGCUGUGCACGGCAGAGAACAGCAGACAGCACGGUGGAGAAUUCACGGUCUCUCUCAGCGAUGUCUUGUUGACCUGGAAACACUUCCUACAUGAGAAAUUGAACUUACCAUUUGGAACUAUGGAAGUGAUUGACCAUUAUGAGGACAUUAGGAGGACUUACGAUAGUUUCUUAAAGAAUAGUAAUAUGUUAGAUCUGAUCGAUGUUUAUAAAAAGUGUAGUGUUUUGACUUCUAAUUGUGAAAAUAAUGCCAACAUAUCUGCCAGUCAACUACGGGACUUUCUGUCUGGCAGACAGUCUGCAGCAGAGGAUGAAACUGAUCUUUGUGUAGCACCAUCACCAGUGAGUGAACACGGUCAGGACAAUGAAAAGGUGAAGUUACUAGCAAAGAAGAUGAUCUACUCAUACUUAAAUCUGCUGGUGAAUUCCAAGAAUGACCUGGCUCUGGCCCAUAUUCUCAAUGUUCCUGACAGAGGGCUGGGAAGGGAAGCCUUCACCGAUCUGAAGCAUGCUGCGCGGGAGAAACAGAUGUCUAUGUUUCUGGUGGCCACGUCAUUUAUCAGAACAAUAGAGCUUGGAGGGAAAGGAUAUGCACCAUCACCAUCUGAUCCUCUGAGGACACACGUAAAAGGAUUGUCCAAUUUUAUUAAUUUCAUUGACAAAUUAGAUGAGAUUCUUGGAGAAAUAUCAAAUCCAAGCAUUGCGGGAGGUCGGAUACUUUCGGUGAUAAAGAUGCAGCUGACUAAAGGCCAGAACAGCAGGGAUCCUUUUUAUAAGGCAGUGGAGGAAGUUGCUCAGGAUUUGGAUUUGAGGAUUAAGAAUAUUAUCAAUUCUCAACAAGGAGAUGUAGCUGUUAGCACCACUGACAUCAGCCCCGCACGGCCAAAAUCGUAUGCCAUAAAUCAUGGCACUGCAUACUGUGGCAGAGAUACCGUGAAAGUUCUACUAGCGCUUUUGGAUGAAGAAGCAGCCAGUGCUCCUACCAAAAACAAAGCAGAGCUUUUAUAUGACGAUGAAAACACCAUUCAUCAUCAUGGAAAUUCGAUUCUUACACUUUUUAGAUCUCCCAUACAAGUGAAUAAUUCACUGGUGAAACCACUAAGAGAACGCCUCCAUAAAUCAAUGGAAGAGAAAAAAAUUAAGAUGAAGCAAACCUUAAUUAGAUCCCAGUUUUCUUGCACUUAUAAAGACGACGGCCUGAUAAGCAGGAAUACAUGGAAUAACGUUAACUCCGCAUCAAAGCCAUCCCAUGUCCUUCACAUGGAAAAUGACCUUUCUGAAAGUGUAAAUUCAUCUGUUGGAAGACCAACAAUUGGAACAAGUGCUGGAAAUGUUCAUCUGGACAGAAGUAAAAAUGCAAAAGUAGAGAGAAAAUCAAGUAGUCAAACAGGAAAUAAAAGCUCAAAAAGGAAACAGGUGGAUUUAGAUGAUGAAAACAUUCUCUGUGAUAAUGGAAAUGAACCACCCCGACAUAAAAAUGUUAAGAUACCUAAGACAUCAAACGAUUUGCAGAAUAAAUUGGAUGGCAAACUAGCCAGAGUAGCAAAAAGCAACAAGUGUACUGCCAAGGACAAAUUGAUUACUGGCCAGACAAAGUUAACUCAGUUUUUUAGACUAUGAAUCAUCUUUUAUGUGCUUUAGAUUUAUGUAUACAUAAAACCAUUCAAAGACAUUUACUUAAUUUUUAAGAGAUCAGGGUGUAAAUUAUGAUGCUUUAUUUAUUUUGGUGUGGAGUGUGCGUGAGGUUAGUAUGUGAAACGCUGUUUAAAAAAAUACUACUAAGUCAUAAUAAUGCAGAAUAUUCACAAAGUUUAAUGCACAGAUAAAGCAUAUCAUGUAGGUCACUGAUAUCUCUUAAUACUACUUUCUUUUAAAUCAGACAUUUAAAAUAAUAUAAGUCACAGUAACAUUAAGGGCUUUUCAUCCACAGGCAAUUAAAUGAUUUUGUUUUCUUCGGAAAUGAUGAUGUGGCCCAACAGGUAUUAGACUUGCCAACAUGGUCGAUAGACUCUUCCCAGCAUACACCUGAGCACUGGAAGAAAAAAAAAAGUUUAAAUUGUUUACAGGACUGCUAUCAUCACACAAAAUUUAUUAGAAAUGAAAACAUUAGAUCUAGUAUAGCUAAUUCUAUGUAAAUCAAAAUUGUAAUACCUAAACGCUUUUUAAUUGCAUGUAUUUUGCAGGGGUCAUUUAAUAUCAGAUGUAGUUGAACCAUGGUCUUAUUUAAUUUUGAGAUGAUUGGAUCUAAGUUUAGUUAAACUCAGAGUUCUAUUUUAUGGUACUAAGAUAUAGGAAUUGAAUUUGAAAGGACUACUCACUGUCAAAAUCUCUCCUUCCUAUAGGAAAUUUAGCUGUGUUUUCUUCAUCCCCAAUCUCUCUCUUUUCUGGUGUUGAUUCAGCAUUCUGAACUCCAUUCUCAGGUGGAAAAGCUACAGAUCCUUUUAGUGCAAGAUAAGGUUUUAUAGCCAGAUUCAGUGGCAGACCAUGAUUUAAGAAAUUAUGUUUGGAGCCUGAGUUCUGUAAAGAAAAGGUUGAUUUGCAUUUUAGCUGUCUUAUUGGGAGUAGUAAUAUAAUACAGUUGCAUAAUAUUCUUGUUGAUUAAUUCAAAGAUGCAGUAUGUUAGAUGCAAGUUUUUAUGGAAAUAAACCUUUCGGGUAAGAGUUGUUCAGGAUGAAAGAACAGUCUGGUAUGUAAUAAAAUUUCAUCAGUUGUCCAAAUGCAUAUUGUGACUAUUUGCAUCUACUUCUGUUUGUAAAAUAAAGUAUCAAUUUCAAAAUAUUCAUAAAAAUCAUUCCAAUAUCCAUUGAAAUAAAAGACAAGUCCUAUUGCCACUUA